GGAGCGGCUGCGGCACCCGCGGAGCGCACGGCCCUCUGGGUGGCCACGGACCACAACUCAGACAAAACGUCAGCAGUACUUCGGGAAUGGCUGGUGGCCGUGAAGAGUUUGUACCACUCUGUAGAGUGGCGGCCAGCCGAGGAACCCAGGUCCUACCCAGAUGAGGAGGGCCCCAAACACUGGUCUGACUCACGCUAUGAGCACGUCAUGAAGUUGCGCCAGGCAGCCCUGAAAUCAGCCAGGGACAUGUGGGCCGAUUACAUCCUGUUUGUAGACGCGGACAACCUGAUCCUCAACCCUGACAUGCUGACCCUGCUCAUCGCUGAAAACAAGACGGUGGUGGCCCCCAUGCUGGAUUCCCGGGCUGCGUACUCCAACUUCUGGUGUGGGAUGACUUCCCAGGGCUACUACAAGCGCACGCCCGCCUACAUCCCCAUCCGCAAGCGGGACCGCCGGGGCUGCUUUGCAGUUCCCAUGGUGCACUCGACCUUCCUAAUUGACCUGCGGAAGGCGGCAUCCAGGAACUUGGCAUUCUACCCUCCCCAUCCCGACUACACCUGGUCCUUCGACGACAUCAUUGUUUUUGCCUUCUCCUGCAAACAGGCAGAGGUCCAGAUGUACGUCUGUAACAAAGAGGUGUACGGCUUCCUGCCGGUGCCGCUGCGGGCACACAGCACCCUCCAGGACGAGGCCGAGAGCUUCAUGCACGUGCAGCUGGAAGUCAUGGUGAAGCACCCACCAGUGGAGCCCUCGCAGUUCAUCUCGGUGCCCACCAAGACCCCCGACAAGAUGGGCUUUGAUGAGGUCUUCAUGAUCAACCUGAAGCGGCGGCAGGACCGGCGGGAACGCAUGCUGCGGGCGCUGCAGGAGCAGGAGAUCGAGUGCCGGCUGGUGGAGGCUGUGGAUGGCAAAGCCAUGAACACCAGCCAGGUGGAGGCACUGGGCAUCCAGAUGCUGCCCGGUUACCGGGACCCCUAUCACGGGCGGCCCCUCACCAAGGGCGAGCUGGGCUGCUUCCUCAGCCACUAUAACAUCUGGAAGGAGGUUGUGGACCGUGGGCUGCAGAAAUCACUCGUGUUUGAGGACGAUUUGCGCUUCGAGAUCUUCUUCAAGAGGCGCCUGAUGAACCUUAUGCGGGAUGUGGAGCGGGAGGAUCUGGACUGGGACCUCAUUUACGUGGGCCGGAAGCGGAUGCAGGUGGAGCACCCCGAGAAGGCUGUGCCCCACGUGAGGAACCUGGUAGAGGCUGACUACUCGUACUGGACACUGGCCUACGUGAUCUCCCUGCAAGGCGCCCGCAAGCUGCUGGCCGCUGGGCCGCUCUCCAAGAUGCUGCCUGUAGACGAAUUCCUGCCUGUCAUGUUCGACAAGCACCCAGUGUCCGAGUACAAGGCCCACUUCUCUCCCCGCGACCUGCGUGCCUUCUCCGUGGAGCCCCUGCUCAUCUACCCGACCCACUACACGGGGGACGAUGGAUACGUGAGCGACACGGAGACCUCGGUCGUGUGGAACAAUGAGCAUGUCAAGACCGACUGGGACCGGGCCAAAUCGCAGAAGAUGCGGGAGCAGCAGGCUCUGAGCCGCGAGGCCAAGAACUCAGAUGUGCUCCAGUCCCCGCUGGACAGCGCUGCCCGGGACGAGCUCUGAGAGCUCUGAGGGGCGGUGGCCCAGAAGCCAAAGCAGCCAUCACAGGCUGGCCAGGGACAGCGGGGCCCUUGUGGAUCCCUGGCAGGCCGCAGAGGACUCCCCUUACAGGGCGGUAUCCAGCCGGCUCUUGCUCAGCAGUCACCUGCACGCAGGCAGCAUUAAUGGAGCUCCUACUGUAUGCCAGGAACAGGUGGACUGGGUGGGAACAAUUCAUCUCCUUGCGUGCCCUUGCUGUGUUCCGGCAGUGAAUGAGGCAUAAUUAUUCCCUCCAUCAGUGAUUGAUCCAGUCAUCACGCAUUAUUGAUCCCCCAUCAAGAAUCAGGCAUUAGCGAUCCCCAUUCACUGUUUGAAUUCAUUUGAGUAUUUAUUGAGUGCCUGCUGUAUGCUGGGCACCAUCCUGGGCUCUGGGAACAUUGAGAUCAAGUUUUUUCCAUUUCUCCAAAUACAUAUUGAGUACCCACUGUGCCUGGUACUCAAGACACAAAAGUUAUUAUUGACUCGGUGCACCUAUGGAGUGCCUGCUGUGUGCUGGGAGCUGAGCUUGGUGCUAGAGAUGAAGAUAAACAAGGUGCUUUUUCACUCUUUAAUUGGUUUCUCCCCACACACAUCCAGAGAGCACCUCCUGUGUGCCGGGCCCUCGGGACACAAAAUAGGAUGACAGCUGUUCCAUCAGCGUGUGAUCACCCACAGGUGUGCUGGGCCGCAGAGAUGAACUAGAUGAGUCCUUUCACUUCUUCACGCAGUAAGCAUUUAUUGGGUGCCUACUGUGUGCCUGACCUCACGGACUCCUGGUGGGGUUGUCAGAAUUGGAUUCCUCAUCCCCUGCCCCUUUCACACAAGCUGUGUGCAGACAACAUCCCCAGAGGUGGCUCUUUCCUCCCCAGGGGCAGCCAUGAGUUCCAGCAACCACAUGUCCUUGUGUAAGCCCCCCUAGAUCCAGCCCCCCUGGAGGGGGCGAGGGGUGAAGCUGGGGGCGGGGUCUCCCACGCUCACCUCUGGUCCCAGUUGCUUGACCGCCCUGCCCUGCAUCUCAGGUGUGGUUUCUGCCUGCUUGAUGGCUUUCCUCUGUCCAAGCUUCUGGUGGGAUCAUGUGUUUGGGGCUUGGUGUGGGCUGAGCUGCACUGGGGCACUACCCCCAGCCUGGGCAGGACAUCCCUUGGAACAGGCUGGAGGACUCACUGUGCCUUCAGCCUGAAACGAAUGUUGGAGCCGGCCAGCAGUGCUUCACUCUCUGAAGGAUAACUGCUGUCCAGGUCUGGUCCUGGAUAACUUGCUUAUUUUUGUAUUAAAUGUUCCUGGUUGGUUUUCACGUA